CCGCCUCCCCGCCCCCCUGUGUUGUCGCCUCUCCCUCUCGCUGCUUCACUUACGGGGCGAACAUGGCGCACAGCUGUCGGUGGCGCUUCCCCGCCCGACCCGGGACCACCGGGGGUGGCGGCGGCGGGGGGCGCCGGGGCCUAGGGGGCGCCCCGCGGCAACGCGUCCCGGCCUUGCUGCUUCCCCCCGGGCCCCCGGCCGGCGGUGGCGGCCCCGGGGCGCCCCCCUCCCCCCCGGCGGUGGCGGCGGCGGCGGCGGGAAGCAGCGGGGCUGGGGUUCCAGGGGGAGCGGCCGCCGCCUUAGCAGCUUCUUCGUCGUCCGCCUCGUCUUCGUCUUCGUCAUCGUCCUCAGCCUCCUCAGGGCCGGCCCUGCUCCGGGUGGGCCCGGGCUUCGACGCGGCGCUGCAGGUCUCGGCCGCCAUCGGCACCAACCUGCGCCGGUUCCGGGCAGUGUUUGGGGAGAGCGGCGGGGGAGGCGGCAGCGGAGAGCUAACAACAGAGAUCCCAUGUAGUUGGAGAACCAAAGGCCUCAUACAUGACAAAAAGACUGAGCCGUUCAGGUUACUUGCAUGGAGUUGGUGCUUAAAUGAUGAGCAGUUCUUAGGUUUUGGCUCAGAUGAGGAAGUCAGAGUGCGAAGCCCCACAAGGUCUCCCUCAGUUAAAGCUAGUCCUCGAAAGCCUCGUGGGAGACCUAGAAGUGGCUCUGACAGAAAUUCAGCUGUCCUCUCAGACCCAUCUGUGUUUUCCCCUCUAAGUAAAUCAGAGACCAAAUCUGCAGAUAAAAUCAAGAAGAAAGAUUCUAAAAGCAUAGAAAAGAAGAGAGGAAGACCUCCCACCUUCCCUGGGGUAAAAAUCAAAAUCACACAUGGAAAGGACAUUUCAGAGUUAACAAAAGGAAGCAAAGAAGAGAGCCUGAAGAAAAUUAAACGGACCCCUUCUGCCAUGUUCCAGCAGGCCACAAAGAUUAAAAAAUUAAGAGCAGGUAAACUGUCUCCUCUCAAGUCUAAGUUUAAAACAGGGAAGCUCCAGAUAGGAAGGAAGGGGGUACAGAUCGUAAGACGGCGAGGGAGGCCUCCAUCCGCUGAACGGAUAAAGACCCCUUCAGGUCUCCUCAUUAAUUCUGAACUGGAAAAGCCCCAGAAGGUCCGGAAAGACAAGGAAGGAACGCCCCCACUCACAAAGGAAGAUAAGACAGUUGUCAGACAAAGCCCUCGAAGGAUUAAACCAGUCAGGAUUAUUCCUUCUUCUAAAAGGACCGAUGCAACAAUUGCUAAGCAACUCCUGCAGAGGGCAAAGAAGGGGGCACAGAAGAAAAUCGAGAAGGAAGCAGCUCAGCUGCAAGGAAGGAAGGUGAAGACACAGGUCAAGAAUAUCCGGCAGUUCAUCAUGCCUGUGGUCAGUGCCAUCUCCUCGAGGAUCAUCAAAACCCCACGACGGUUCAUCGAGGAUGAGGAUUAUGACCCUCCGAUUAAAAUUGCGCGACUAGAAUCUACACCGAACAGUAGAUUCAGCGCCACAUCCUGUGGAUCUUCUGAGAAGUCCAGUGCGGCUUCCCAGCACUCCUCUCAGAUGUCUUCAGACUCCUCCCGAUCUAGUAGCCCCAGUAUUGACACCACCUCAGACUCUCAGGCCUCUGAGGAGAUCCAGGCACUUCCCGAAGAGCGGAGUGAUCCCCCCGAAGUUCAUGCUCCACUGCCUAUUUCCCAGUCCCCAGAAAAAGAGAGUAACGGAAGGAGAAGCAGACGGUAUUCGAUGUCAGAGAGAAGCUUUGGACCCAGAACAACUAAAAAACUACCAACUCUACAGAGUGCCCCCCAGCAGCAGCCCUCCUCCUCGCCACCUCCGCCUCUCCUUUCCCCUCCCCCUCCACUCCAGCCAGCCUCCAGUAUCUCUGACCACACGCCGUGGCUCAUGCCUCCGACCAUUCCCUUAGCAUCACCAUUUCUGCCUGCUUCUGCUGCUCCCAUGCAAGGGAAGCGGAAAUCGAUUUUGCGAGAGCCAACAUUUAGGUGGACUUCUUUAAAGCAUUCGAGGUCAGAGCCACAGUACUUUUCCUCAGCAAAGUAUGCCAAAGAAGGUCUGAUUCGAAAACCAAUAUUUGAUAAUUUCCGACCCCCUCCGCUGACUCCCGAGGAUGUAGGCUUCGCUUCCGGUUUUUCUGCAUCUGGUACGGCCACUUCAGCCCGGUUGUUUUCACCACUCCAUUCUGGAACAAGGUUUGAUAUCCACAAAAGGAGCCCCAUUCUGAGAGCUCCGAGAUUUACUCCAAGUGAGGCACACUCUAGAAUAUUCGAGUCUGUGACCUUGCCUAGUAAUCGAACUUCUGUUGGAGCGUCCUCUUCGGGAGUGUCUAAUAGAAAAAGGAAAAGGAAAGUGUUUAGUCCAAUUCGGUCUGAACCAAGGUCACCUUCUCACUCCAUGAGGACCAGAAGCGGAAGGCUUAGCACCUCUGAGCUGUCACCUCUCACUCCCCCGUCUUCCGUCUCCUCCUCAUUAAGCAUUCCUGUUAGUCCUCUUGCCGCCAGUGCCUUAAAUCCAACUUUCACUUUUCCUUCUCAUUCCCUGACUCAGUCUGGGGAAUCUACAGAGAAAAAUCAGAGACCAAGGAAGCAGACUAGUGCCCCAGCAGAGCCAUUUUCAUCAAACAGCCCUACUCUCUUCCCAUGGUUUACCCCAGGGUCUCAGACCGACAAGGGGAGAAAUAAAGACAAGGCCCCGGAGGAGCUGUCCAAAGAUCGGGAUGCUGACAAGAGCGUGGAGAAGGACAAGAGUAGAGAGAGAGACCGGGAGAGAGAGAAGGAAAAUAAGCGGGAGUCGAGGAAAGAGAAAAGGAAAAAGGGCUCAGAAAUUCAGAGUAGCUCUGCGUUGUAUCCUGUGGGUCGGGUUUCCAAAGAGAAGGUUGCUGGAGAAGAUGUUGGCACUUCAUCUUCUGCCAAAAAAGCAACAGGGCGGAAGAAGUCUUCGUCACUUGAUUCUGGGACUGAUAUUGCUUCUGUGACUCUUGGGGAUACAACAGCUGUCAAAGCCAAAAUACUUAUAAAGAAAGGGAGAGGAAAUCUGGAAAGAAACAACUUGGACCUCGGCCCAACUGCCCCAUCCCUGGAGAAGGAGAAAACCCUCUGCCUUUCCACUCCUUCAUCUAGCACUGUUAAACAUUCCACUUCCUCCAUAGGCUCCAUGUUGGCUCAGGCAGACAAGCUUCCAAUGACUGACAAGAGGGUGGCCAGCCUCCUUAAAAAGGCCAAAGCCCAGCUCUGCAAGAUCGAGAAGAGUAAGAGUCUCAAACAGACCGACCAGCCCAAAGCACAGGGUCAAGAGAGUGAUUCGUCAGAAACCUCUGUUCGAGGACCCCGGAUUAAACAUGUCUGCAGAAGAGCUGCUGUUGCCCUGGGCCGCAAACGAGCUGUGUUUCCUGAUGACAUGCCCACCUUGAGUGCCUUACCAUGGGAAGAACGAGAAAAAAUUUUGUCUUCCAUGGGGAAUGAUGACAAGUCAUCAAUUGCUGGCUCUGAAGAUGCUGAACCUCUUGCUCCACCCAUCAAACCAAUUAAGCCUGUCACCAGAAACAAGGCACCUCAGGAGCCUCCAGUAAAGAAAGGGCGCCGAUCAAGGAGGUGUGGACAGUGUCCCGGCUGCCAGGUGCCUGAGGACUGUGGUGUUUGCACUAAUUGUUUGGACAAGCCCAAGUUUGGUGGCCGCAAUAUAAAGAAGCAGUGUUGCAAGAUGAGGAAAUGUCAGAAUCUGCAGUGGAUGCCUUCCAAAGCCUCCCUUCAGAAGCAAGCUAAAGCUGUGAAAAAGAAAGAGAAAAAGUCUAAGAGCACUGAAAAGAAAGAAAACAAAGAGAGCACUGGUGGGAAGAGCUCCAUGGACUCUGGUCAGAAGGCUGCCCCACCAGCACGGGAGGAGCCUGUCCCAAAGAAGAGCAGCAGUGAGCCUCCACCCCGCAAGCCUGUGGAAGAAAAGAGUGAAGAAGGGAGUGCCCCUGUGCCGGCACCUGAACCCAAGCAGCUCACAACUCCAGCUUCCCGGAAGUCCAGCAAGCAGGCCGCACAGCCAGCACCAGUCGUCCCCCCUCAGCCACCUAGCACAGCACCGCAGAGAAAAGAAGCUCCCAAGGCCACCCCAAGUGAGCCCAAGAAAAAGCAGCCUCCUCCACCACCAGAAGCAGGUCCAGAGCAAAACAAGCAGAAAAAAGUGGCUCCCCGCCCAAGUAUCCCUGUAAAACAAAAACCAAAAGACAAGGAGAAGCCGCCCCCGGUGAGUAAGCAGGAGAACGCAGGCACUUUGAACAUCCUCAACCCACUCUCAAACGGCAUCAGUUCUAAGCAGAAAAUCCCAGCAGAUGGAGUCCACAGGAUCAGGGUGGACUUCAAGGAAGAUUGUGAAGCAGAAAAUGUGUGGGAGAUGGGAGGCUUAGGAAUCUUAACUUCUGUUCCCAUAACACCCCGAGUAGUUUGCUUUCUCUGUGCCAGUAGUGGGCAUGUAGAGUUUGUGUAUUGCCAAGUGUGUUGUGAACCCUUCCACAAGUUUUGCUUAGAGGAGAAAGAGCGCCCUCUGGAGGACCAGCUGGAAAACUGGUGUUGCCGCCGCUGCAAAUUCUGCCACGUUUGUGGAAGGCAGCAUCAGGCUACAAAGCAGCUCCUGGAGUGUAACAAGUGCCGAAACAGCUAUCACCCUGAGUGCCUGGGACCAAACUACCCCACCAAACCCACGAAGAAAAAGAAAGUGUGGAUCUGCACCAAGUGUGUUCGCUGCAAAAGCUGUGGAUCCACGACUCCAGGCAAAGGGUGGGAUGCACAGUGGUCUCAUGAUUUUUCACUGUGCCAUGAUUGUGCCAAACUCUUUGCUAAAGGGAACUUCUGCCCUCUCUGUGACAAGUGCUACGAUGACGAUGACUAUGAGAGCAAGAUGAUGCAGUGUGGGAAGUGUGAUCGAUGGGUCCAUUCCAAGUGUGAAAAUCUCUCAGAUGAGAUGUAUGAGAUUCUGUCUAAUCUGCCAGAAAGUGUGGCCUACACUUGUGUGAACUGCACUGAGCGGCACCCCGCAGAGUGGAGACUGGCCCUGGAGAAGGAGCUGCAGGCAUCCCUGAAGCAGGUUCUCACAGCCCUGCUGAAUUCUCGGACUACCAGUCACCUACUGCGAUACCGCCAGGCUGCCAAGCCUCCAGACUUAAACCCCGAGACAGAGGAAAGCAUACCUUCCCGAAGCUCCCCAGAAGGGCCAGACCCUCCAGUUCUUACUGAGGUCAGCAAGCAGGAUGAGCACCAGCCUUUAGACCUGGAAGGUGUCAAAAGGAAAAUGGACCAGGGCAACUACCUAUCUGUGUUGGAGUUCAGUGAUGACAUUGUGAAGAUCAUUCAAGCAGCCAUUAAUUCAGAUGGAGGGCAGCCAGAGAUAAAAAAAGCCAACAGCAUGGUCAAGUCUUUCUUUAUUCGGCAAAUGGAGCGGGUUUUUCCAUGGUUCAGUGUCAAAAAGUCCAGAUUUUGGGAGCCAAAUAAAGUAUCAAACAACAGUGGGAUGUUACCAAACGCAGUGCUUCCACCUUCACUUGACCAUAAUUAUGCUCAGUGGCAGGAGCGAGAGGAAAACAGCCACACUGAGCAGCCUCCUUUAAUGAAGAAAAUCAUUCCAGCUCCCAAACCCAAAGGACCUGGAGAACCAGACUCGCCCACGCCUCUACAUCCUCCGACACCCCCAAUCUUGAGUACUGAUAGGAGUCGAGAAGACAGUCCAGAGCUGAAUCCACCCCCAGGCAUAGAUGACAACAGACAGUGUGCACUGUGUCUGAUGUACGGCGAUGACAGUGCUAAUGAUGCUGGCCGUUUGCUGUACAUCGGCCAGAAUGAGUGGACACAUGUGAACUGCGCUUUGUGGUCCGCAGAGGUGUUUGAAGAUGAUGACGGAUCGCUAAAGAAUGUGCAUAUGGCUGUGAUUAGGGGCAAGCAGCUGAGAUGUGAAUUCUGCCAAAAGCCAGGAGCCACCGUGGGUUGCUGUCUUACAUCCUGCACCAGCAACUACCACUUCAUGUGUUCCCGAGCCAAGAACUGUGUCUUUUUGGAUGAUAAAAAAGUGUAUUGUCAGAGGCAUCGGGAUUUGAUCAAAGGCGAGGUGGUUCCUGAGAAUGGAUUUGAAGUUUUUAGAAGAGUGUUUGUGGACUUUGAAGGAAUCAGCUUGCGAAGGAAGUUCCUCAAUGGUUUGGAACCAGAAAACAUCCACAUGAUGAUUGGCUCAAUGACGAUCGACUGUUUGGGAAUUCUGAAUGAUCUCUCUGACUGUGAAGAUAAACUCUUUCCUAUUGGAUACCAGUGUUCGAGGGUAUACUGGAGCACCACAGAUGCCCGCAAGCGCUGCGUGUACACAUGCAAGAUCAUGGAGUGCCGUCCGCCUGUUGUAGAGCCUGAUAUCAAUAGCACAGUUGAACAUGAUGACAAUAGGACCAUCGCCCACAGCCCGUCAUCAUUGAUAGAAACUUCAUGUAAGGACAGUCAAAGUACAACUUCAAUUCUGAGUCCUCCGUCACCAGACCGACCUCAUUCACAGACCUCAAGCUCCUGUUAUUAUCAUGUCAUCUCAAAGGUCCCUAGGAUUCGAACACCCAGCUACUCCCCUACGCAGAGGUCCCCUGGCUGCCGGCCAUUGCCUUCUGCAGGAAGUCCUACCCCAACCACUCAUGAAAUUGUCACAGUCGGCGACCCUUUACUCUCCUCUGGUCUUCGGAGCAUUGGCUCCAGACGUCACAGUACUUCUUCCUUGUCACCCCUGCGGUCCAAGCUCCGGAUAAUGUCUCCAAUGAGAACUGGGAGUGUUUACUCCAGGAAUAGUGUUUCCUCAGCCCCCAGCCUUGGGACUGCUACAGAUCCUGAGUCAAGUGCCAAAGCAGCUGAUCGAGUCGGAGGGCCGUUGCAUCCAAGUGCUAGUCUAGGGCACAGCACCCCCACCUCUUCAGGUUCACAAAGGACAGUGGUCACUGGAUGCUCCAAAAACAGUCAUUUGGAUGGCUCUUCGUCUUCAGAAAUGAAGCGGUCCAGUGCUUCUGAUGUGAUAUCCAAGGGCUCCUUAUUAAAGGGAGAGAAAAACAGAGCGCUGAGCUCCAAGAGCUCAGAUGGAUCUGCACAUAACACAGCUCACCCUGGGAUUCCUAAACUGCUACCACAGCGUCAUAACACAACUCCUGGAGAGUUAACGGUUAGUAAAAUUGGCACUUUUGCUGAACCCUCUUCAGUGCCGUUUUCUUCUAAAGAUACUGUCUCCUACCCACAGCUCCACUUGAAGGGGCAAAGGAGUGACCGAGACCAGCACAUGGAUUCUUCCCAGUCGGUAAAGCCUUCUCCAAAUGAAGAUGGUGAAAUCAAAACCUUCAAGCUCUCUGGUGUAGGCCAUAGGCCAUCCAUUUUGCAUGAACAUGUAGGGUCUAGUUCUAGAGACAGGAGGCAGAAAGGGAAAAAAUCUUCUAAAGAGACUUGCAAAGAAAAGCAUUCCAGUAGAUCCUUUUUGGAACCUGGUCAGGUGACAACUGUUGAGGAAGGAAACCUAAAGCCAGAGUUUGCUGAUGAGGUGUUGACUCCUGGGUUUCUGGGGCAACGGCCAUGUAAUAAUGUUUCAUCUGAUAAGAUUGGGGAUAAAGUUCUUCCUAUCCCUGGAGCCCCUAAAGGUCAGUCCACGCAAGUAGACGGGUCUUCCAAGGAGCUACAGGCACCCCGGAAGUGCUCUGUCAAAGUGACACCUCUGAAAAUGGAAAGUGAGAAUCAGUCCAAAAAUACCCAGAAAGAAAGUGGCCCCUGCUCUCCUGCACACAUAGAGUCGGUAUGUCCAGCAGAGCCAGUCUCAGCUUCCAGAAGUCCAGCAGCUGGCCCCGGGGUUCAGCCGAGCCCCAACAAUACCUCAUCCCAAGAUCCUCAAAGUAACAGCUAUCAGAAUCUUCCAGAACAAGACAGAAACCUGAUGAUUGCUGAUGGCCCCAAGCCUCAGGAGGACGGCUCUUUUAAGAGACGGUACCCCCGCCGCAGUGCUCGUGCGCGGUCUAACAUGUUCUUUGGGCUCACCCCGCUCUAUGGAGUCAGGUCUUACGGUGAAGAAGACAUCCCAUUCUAUAGCAGUUCCACUGGGAAAAAGCGAGGAAAGAGGUCAGCAGAGGGGCAGGUGGACGGGGCCGAUGACUUGAGCACUUCAGACGAAGAUGACUUGUACUACUACAACUUUACUAGGACAGUCAUCUCCUCAGGCGGAGAGGAGCGGCUGGCGUCUCAUCACCUGUUUCGGGAGGAGGAGCAAUGUGACCUUCCAAAAAUUUCACAGCUGGAUGGCGUUGAUGAUGGGACAGAGAGUGAUACUAGUGUCACUGCCACAACCAGGAAGAGCAACCAGAUUCCAAAAAGAAGUGGGAAAGAAAAUGGAACAGAAAGCUUAAAGAUUGAUCGGCCCGAGGAUGCCGGUGAGAAAGAACAUGUCAUUAAGAGCACUGUUGGCCACAAAAAUGAGCCGAAGUUGGAUAACUGCCACUCUGUCAGCAGAGUGAAAGCACAGGGCCAGGAUUCCUUGGAAGCUCAGCUCAGCUCCCUGGAGUCAAGCCGCAGAGUCCACACAAGUACCCCCUCAGACAAAAACUUACUGGACACGUAUAACACUGAGCUCCUGAAAUCAGACUCUGACAAUAACAACAGCGAUGACUGUGGGAAUAUCCUGCCUUCAGACAUCAUGGACUUUGUUCUAAAGAAUACUCCAUCCAUGCAGGCUCUGGGUGAGAGCCCAGAGUCGUCUUCCUCUGAACUCCUGACUCUUGGUGAAGGGCUGGGUCUUGAUAGUAACCGGGAAAAAGAUAUGGGUCUUUUUGAGGUGUUUUCUCAGCAGCUGCCAGCAACAGAGCCUGUGGACAGUAGUGUCUCCUCUUCUAUCUCGGCAGAGGAGCAGUUUGAGCUGCCUCUUGAGCUACCCUCUGACCUCUCUGUGCUGACCACCCGCAGUCCCACUGUCCCUAGCCAGAACCCAAGUAGGCUGGCGGUGAUCUCAGAUGCGGGGGAGAAGCGAGUGACCAUCACAGAGAAGUCGGUAGCCUCUACUGAGGGUGACCCCGCACUGCUGAGUCCAGGCGUAGACCCCACUCCUGAAGGCCACAUGACUCCCGAUCACUUCAUCCAAGGACACAUGGAUGCAGACCACAUCUCCAGCCCUCCCUGUGGUUCAGUGGAACAAGGUCAUGGCAACAAUCAGGAUUUAACUAGAAACAGUAGCACUCCUGGCCUACAGGUACCUGUUUCCCCUACCGUUCCCAUCCAGAACCAGAAGUAUGUGCCCAAUUCUACUGAUAGCCCCGGCCCUUCUCAGAUCUCUAACGCAGCUGUCCAGACCACUCCCCCCCACCUGAAACCAGCCACUGAGAAACUCAUUGUCGUUAAUCAGAACAUGCAGCCACUUUAUGUUCUCCAAACUCUUCCAAAUGGAGUGACCCAAAAAAUCCAGUUGACCUCUCCUGUUAGUUCUACACCCAGUGUGAUGGAGACAAACACCUCGGUAUUGGGGCCCAUGGGAAGUGGGCUCACCCUAACCACAGGACUAAAUCCAAGCUUGCCACCUUCUCAGUCUCUGUUCCCUCCUGCUAGCAAAGGAUUGCUUUCCAUGCCUCAUCACCAGCACUUACAUCCCUUCCCUGCAGCUGCUCAAAGUAGCUUCCCACCCAACAUCAGCAGUCCUCCUUCAGGCCUACUUAUUGGGGUUCAGCCUCCUCCAGAUCCCCAAAUUUUGGGUUCAGAAGCUAACCAGAGGACAGACCGCACUACCACAGUGGCCACUCCAUCCUCUGGACUCAAGAAAAGACCCAUAUCUCGUCUGCACACUCGAAAGAAUAAAAAGCUUGCUCCCUCUAGUGCCCCUUCCAACAUUGCCCCUCCGGAUGUGGUCUCUAACAUGACACUGAUUAACUUCACAGCCUCCCAGCUUUCAAACCAUCCCAGUCUCCUAGACUUGGGCUCACUUAACACUUCAUCUCACCGAACUGUCCCCAACAUCAUAAAAAGAUCUAAAUCUGGCAUCAUGUAUUUUGAACAGGCACCCCUGAUACCACCACAGAGUGUGGGUGGAACUGCUGCCACAGUGGCGGGCUCGUCAACGAUAAGCCAGGAUACUAGCCACCUCACAUCUGGGCCUGUGUCUGCCUUGGCAUCCGGUUCCUCCGUCCUGAACGUGGUAUCCAUGCAAACCACAGCAACCCCUACAAGUAGUACAUCAGUUCCAGGACAUGUCACCUUAACCAACCAGAGGUUGCUUGGGACCCCAGAUAUUGGCUCAAUAAGCCAUCUUUUAAUCAAAGCCAGCCAGCAGAGCCUGGGCAUUCAGGACCAGCCUGUGGCUUUACCACAGAGUUCAGGAAUGUUCCCACAGCUGGGGACAUCACAGACUCCCUCUGCCGCUGCAGUGACAGCAGCACCCAGCAUCUGUGUGCUCCCCUCUUCUCAGACUACAGGCGCAACAGCUGCGUCCCCUCCUGGGGAGGCUGAGGAUCACUAUAAGCUGCAGCGAGUGAACCAGCUUCUAGCUGGUAAAACUGGUACCCUGUCUUCCCAGCGGGAGCGGGAUCCUGAUGCUGCUCCAGGGACCCAGCCAUCCAACUUCACUCAGACAGCAGACGCUCCUAAUGGUGUGAGGCAAGAGCAGAACAAGGCUUUGCCCUCAGCUAAGCAAGCCAGCUCUACCUCCCCAGGAAGCUCCCCAUCCUCUGGACAGCAGUCGGCAAGUUCCUCAGUGCCAGGUUCCACUAAACCAAAACCGAAAGUCAAACGGAUUCAGCUGCCCCUAGAGAAGGGGAGUGGCAAGAAGCACAAGGUUUCUCAUUUGCGGACCAGCUCUUCUGAAGCACACAUUCCAGACCAAGAAGCCAAGCCAGCACCCCAGCCCUCAGUCCCACGGACUCCUAGAGCUGACAGGGAGCAGCAGGAUGCAGCUCAAGUGGAGCAGCCGUCACAGAAGGAAUGUGAGCAGCCUACAGGCCCAGUGGCCGCUCUUCCAGAGAUUAAGGCAACACAGACUCCAGCCGAUGAGCAAGAGAAUGGAGAACCUAAAACAGCGGAAGAAGAGGAGAGCAGUUUCAGCUCUCCACUGAUGCUUUGGCUCCAGCAAGAACAAAAGAGGAAGGAAAGCAUUGCUGAGAAGAAGCCCAAGAAAGGACUUGUUUUUGAAAUUUCAAGUGACGAUGGCUUUCAGAUCUGUGCAGAAAGUAUUGAAGAUGCGUGGAAGUCACUGACAGAUAAAGUCCAGGAAGCCCGAUCAAAUGCGCGCCUGAAGCAGCUCUCGUUCGCAGGUGUGAGUGGCUUGAGGAUGCUGGGCAUUCUCCACGACGCAGUUGUGUUCCUGAUUGAGCAGCUGUCUGGUGCCAAGCACUGUCGGAAUUAUAAAUUCCGUUUCCACAAACCGGAAGAGGCCAAUGAACCUCCGUUGAACCCUCAUGGCUCAGCCAGGGCUGAGGUCCACCUGAGGAAGUCAGCGUUUGACAUGUUUAACUUCCUGGCUUCUAAACAUCGACAGCCUCCUGAAUACAGCCCUAAUGACGAGGAAGAGGAAGAGGUCCAGCUGAAGUCAGCUCGGAGGGCAACAAGCAUGGAUCUCCCAAUGCCCAUGCGCUUCCGGCACCUAAAGAAGACAUCGAAGGAGGCAGUUGGUGUCUACAGGUCUCCCAUCCACGGUCGGGGUCUUUUCUGUAAGAGAAACAUCGAUGCCGGUGAGAUGGUGAUCGAGUAUGCCGGCAAUGUCAUCCGCUCCAUCCAGACUGACAAGCGAGAGAAGUACUACGACAGCAAGGGCAUCGGUUGCUACAUGUUCCGAAUUGAUGACUCGGAGGUAGUGGAUGCCACCAUGCAUGGAAACGCUGCACGCUUCAUCAAUCACUCUUGUGAGCCCAACUGCUACUCCCGGGUCAUCAAUAUUGAUGGGCAGAAGCACAUUGUCAUCUUCGCCAUGCGUAAGAUCUACCGGGGGGAGGAGCUCACCUAUGACUACAAGUUCCCUAUUGAGGAUGCCAGCAACAAGCUCCCCUGCAACUGUGGCGCCAAGAAAUGCCGGAAGUUCCUGAACUGAAGCUGCUCGUCUUCCCAUGAUGGAGUACCAGGACCCAGGGCACCCAGAGCCAUGCUGAGGGACAUCCAGCAGCCAGGAGCCCCAGGAUUGAGCAGGCAGUUGAGGGUCUUCUUGCUAAGCACCCUAGUGCCCCACAUGUACAUCAUGUGAUCAUAGUCUUGGAGAGAGGGGUCUCAGGGAAAAGAUCAACUGUUGGCUUUCUCCUGGGGUCUCUCUGGUUGUUGUAAAACGUGGGAAAUGGGUUCCUGGGAGAUUUGUCUGGAAGGAACAUGUAGAGGGUAACUUACAGUGGAGAUGGGGUCUGAGCGUAUCCUCAGCAGUUUGUCAUCCUCACCAUAACCCUCUCCCGCGCCCUAGAAGAGACGGGUCAGACAAGACCCCAGAUACAGGGCUGGUAGGAUACCUAGUAGUUUGCCAGUGAGGCCUGGCCUGUGGCCAUCUGUUGAACAAACAGAUGGCCUGGUGGUUUUCCCUACUAUCUGCCCAUUUAAGAGUUCACUUUGGUUGGGAGACGGGUUUCCUAGCACCUCUGGUGUCAAAAGGCUGUCUUGGGGCUGUGCCAAUUAAUUACCAAACAUUGAGCCUGUGGCUGUAAGUGGGAGUGUUACCCUGUGAGCCUUACCACAGCCAGUGACCUUUCUUGACGAUAGGAGCGGCUCCCUCUCCAUCCC